UGCGCACUUCUCCAUACAGAACCCGCAAGCUGCCGUCAGCAGAGCACAGGCCGUCCAAACCGGAGCAGCGCGCUGCAAGCGAAGCGCUGCGGGAGGCGAGAAAAAGAGUCCAACCGAUCCACGCAUCCGCACCACUGAGAAGGAGUGGCAUCACCUGCAGGAAUCCACUUGAGAAGUCCGCAAGGACAGGAGCGGAAAAAAUGCGCUGAAAGGAGAUCUGUCACGAACUCGCUUAUUAACCAAAGAUAGAUCAGAGGGAAAACAGGUGGGAAAAAAUCCGCCUCCGAUAAGUUUUUCAUUUAAGAAUAAAGAGGAAACCCAGCUGGAGAUGAAUACCAACGAUGCCAAGGAGUAUCUGGCACGGAGGGAGAUACCUCAGCUGUUUGAGAGUCUGCUGACUGGUUUGAUGUACUACCGGCCCGAUGACCCCAUCGACUACUUGGAAGGCUGUCUGAAGAAAGUCCGGGAGCUCGGCGGCACCGAAAAGGUGCGGUGGGACACUUUUGUGGGCCAGGAGAGGAAGUCCCUUCCUCCGCUCAACGGCGGCCAGUCGCGCCGGUCCCUCUUCAGAAACGUUUUGCCCGAAAGCCCCAACUUCCCCUACAGACGGUAUGACCGCCUCCCUCCCAUCAGCCAGUUCUCCAUCGAGAGCGACUCGGACCUGUCGGAGACGGCCGAGCUCAUCGAGGAGUACGAGGUGUUCGACCCGUCCAGGCCACGACCCAAAGUCAUCCUCGUCAUUGGUGGCCCUGGCAGCGGCAAAGGAACACAGAGCCUGAAAAUCGCCGAGCGCUACGGCUUCCAGUACAUGUCUGUGGGCGAGCUGCUGAGGAAGAAGAUGAUCCACAAUGCCACCAGCAACAGAAAGUGGAGCCUGAUCGCCAAAAUCAUCACCAACGGCGAGCUGGCGCCGCAGGAAACCACAAUAACUGAGAUCAAACAGAAGAUUAUGAAGAUCCCAGACGCCAACGGUAUCGUCAUAGACGGCUUCCCUCGAGACGUUGGACAGGCCCUGUCCUUUGAAGACCAGAUCUGCACUCCAGACCUGGUGGUUUUCCUGGCCUGCACCAACAGCCGCCUGAAGGAGAGGCUGCAGAAAAGGGCGGAGCAGCAGGGGCGACCCGACGACAACCCGAAGGCCAUCGACCGUCGGCUGACCAACUUCAAGCAGAACACCAUUCCUCUGGUGAAGUACUUCCAGGAGAGAGGCCUGAUCGUCACGCUGGAUGCUGAUCGAGAUGAGGAGGAGGUUUUCUGCAACAUCAGCAUGACUCUGGAUAACAAGCUGUUUCCCUCUGAAGAGCCUGUUGCCGGUCCGAGCGAACUGGAUCUCAGUCUGCUGGGGGAAACCGGUAGCCUGGCAGAGGAAACCCACAAAGAAAAUCAGGCUGAUGAAGAGGAGGAGUAUGCUGAAGGAGCCACAGAAAGUUGCUGCACAGAAAAGAAGAAACCAAAGGUCAUCUUUAUGAUUGGCGGGCCGGGUUCGGGGAAGGCUCUGCAGUGCGAACGGCUGGAGGAGCGGUUCGGCCUGCGCCGCGUCACCCUGGGCGACCUGUUGUGUAGCGAGAUGCAGCGUCACAGCGAAAGAGGGCGCCACCUACAGGACGUUCUGGAGAGAGGAGAGAAGCUGCCAGAGGAGACGCUGCUGGAGCUGCUGUGUGACGCCGUGACGUCUGCGGUCCGACAGGGAAAGGGUCUGGUGGUGAGCGGCUUCCCCAGAGACCUGAAGCAGGCGGAGGAGUACGAAGCCAAGAUGGGGGAACCGAGUGCCGUGGUUCUGCUGAGCUGUUCUCCAGAGACGAUGACCAGCAGGAUCCAGAGCCGCAGCAGAUCCUCCUUGUCCUCAGAGAACGCCCUGCAGAGAAGAGCCCAGAACUUCUGCAGCGACGCCAAGGCCGUCAUCGCUCACUAUGAAUGCAAGAUGCUGCUGCACACCAUUGACGCCGAGCGGUCGCCACCUGAGGUUUUUGUCCAGCUCUGCCAAGCCAUAGAAUCUUCUGCCACCUUCUGAUUUCCACCGUUUACACCAGGGGUGUCCAUUGUCCAGGACUGAGUUUGUGUGGCCCCCAAUCACAGUUAGAAAAUUACACAAGUUUUGAUGCAGAUGGAGACCUUUUGUUUUAAAUCAGGGCAAAAUUAUUACAAACAAGUACAAAUCUUCUUGAAUGGAAAAUGUUUGAUGCAAUACAAAGUAUUCAUCUUUUUAUUACCAUGCUUUCUGUAUUCUCUUUAAUUUUAUAGUAAAUAGAAACACAUCUAUUUAAUCAUUUUUAUUUAAAAUUUGCUUUUUUAAUUAUUGUAUGGUUAAUUUAUUAUUGAGCAGAUAAAAAUGUCAUAAUAUUAUUUCAGAAAUUGUAUAUUUCUUAGCCCACAAGUAAAUCUGUCUUUACAAUUUUGACCUAUUUGACCUAAAGGUUGGACACUCCUGGUUUACACCCUGCUGUUCACCUGCUUGAAGACCUUCUUCUUCUUCUCUCACCUCCACAUCACUCACACCUGCACCAGCUUAUUGAACUUUUGUGGUAUGCAUGCCUCACCUGCAAUCAGUUGCUCCCUCCUCUUCAUUUUGCUUCACCCUCUUCCUGUUCCUCACAUCAACUUCAAUAUAAUGCUGCCAACUGCAGGAUCGAGGCUCAUAACUGUACAGAGAAAACAGCGACCCCUGUUGCCACUGGGAGCACGCUGACCGUUUCCAUCAGACAUUGGAGACGUGAUGUGUGUUCAUUCUUGUGCUCAGCACUUUGCUUUGUAUCGUAACAAGCAUGCAGAAUUAACAGUUAAAGCUUAAAACUGCCUUUUGUGCAUUAAAUAAAGAAGCAGCGGAGUAUUAAAAGUAUUAGAAUUACUGCAUCUGUGUGUUUUACAAGCUCAUUAUACGGGUUCUUGUUUGAGUCUGGUAAUCUGACUAAUAAAGUCUGUGCAUUUGUUAAAUCGAG